GGUAUAUUGCGUGGCUCAGACCGCGGUCACACUGGCCGUUCCUACGGUUCUUAAAAAUAUUAAUAUUUCCAGUUAAAUUUAAGCAUAAAAAGUCUCGUUGCAGCGCAAGCGAGUGUAAAUUAUAUUCCCAAUUAAGUCACGAGGGACGUUUGCAAAAUGAAGAUCAAGGAACUGCAAAAGACGGUGAACAUCGCCUGGUCGCCGGCGCAGCAGCAGCAAAUUCUCCUGGCCGCCGGCACCGCUGCCCAGCAAUUCGAUUCCAACGCGAAUUCUACUCUGGAGUUGUACUCUCCGAACUUUAGCGAUGCUACCUACGAUCUGGAGCUUAGGGCCAGCGUGGCCAGCCAGUAUAAGUUCCAAAAACUCAUCUGGAGCCCCGUGGGACCACAUCCCAGUGGCCUGAUUGUGGGCGGCUGCGAGGCGGGUCAGAUCAACAUAUACUCAGCCGACAAGCUGCUUGCCGGCAAGGAAGAGCCGCUCCUGAAGCGGCAGGACAAGCACACGGGCGCAGUAAGCGGGUUGGACUUUAAUCCCUUCCAGAACAACCUGCUUGCCUCGUGCGCGUCUGAGUCGGAAAUUUUAAUAUGGGACCUUAACAACCCGGAAACCAGCAUGAGCCCCGGCGCCAAGACACAGCCGUUAGAGGACGUAAAGAACGUGGCCUGGAACCGGCAGGUUCAGCACAUCCUGGCCUCUGUGUUUAGCACACGCUGCGUGAUCUGGGAUCUGCGCAAGAGCCAACAGAUCAUCAAACUCUCGGACUCCCAGUCUCGUGUGCGGUGGCAUGCCAUCGAGUGGCAUCCAGAGGCGGCGACGCAGGUCUGGCUGGCCUCGGAGGACGAUCAGGCGCCGGUGGUGCAGCUUUGGGAUCUACGAUAUGCCACUGCUCCAGCGAAAACAUACCAGAUCCAUGAGCGCGGAGUGCUGGGAAUGUCAUGGUGCCAGCAAGACAACGACCUGAUGGUUUCGUGUGGCAAAGACAACCGAAUUUACUGCUGGAAUCCCAAUACCAAGAUCCCCGAGGGAGAAAUCUUGUCUGAAGUAGCAACCACGGCCUCCUGGUACUCCGAUGUGCAGUUCUGCCCGCGGAAUCCAGCUCUGAUUGCCAGCGCCAGUUUGGAGGGUGCUGUUUCUAUCUACUCCCUGCAUGGAGGCACCCAUCACCUGGUGCAGACAGCUAACAAGAUUGCCGACUCGUUUCCGGGCAUGGAUCAGUUCGCACAGGAGCCGAUUCCCCAGCAGGCCACGCAAGUGAUCUACCAUGACCUAGCACACGCUCCCAAGUGGAUGAAGCGACCCUGUGGCGUUGCCUUUGGCUUUGGUGGCAAGCUAGUGAGCUUCGAUGGAACCUCAAAAACGGUGAAAGUCCAGCAGUUAACCACCGAAUCUGCUUUAGUGGAGCGGGCCAAUGCUUUGGAACGUUCUCUUGUCGAUGCCAACUACUCAGAAUACUGCAGGCAGAGGGCGGACGAGACAUUGGAUCAGCAUGGGCGCUACAUCUGGUAUUUUAUCAAGGCGAACUUUGAGCUAAAUCCCAAGGAGGAAAUGCUCAAUCUCUUGGGCUACAACAAAGACGACACUGAUAGCAAGUUCAACAAGUUUAUCAAGGAAACGGAGGGAAACUCGCAAUCGGACGUGGAUACUCUUACAACCCGCAUUUCGACACUGACCCAUAGCGACUCUUCGGAGGUUGAGUGCGAUCAGAGUACAAAUUAUAGCACCGAUAAUUCGCAGACGCAAGAUAACAAGUUUGAUGGAAAUGCCAUCGACUCACAAAAUCAAAACGACUUUGCCGCUCCUCCGAGGCCGCAAUUCAAGGUUCCCAGUGGAGAUCACUGUGAUAGCUUGAUUGCAGAAGCCAUACUUACGGGCAAUGUGGAGGCUGCCGUGGAGCUCUGCCUGGAGGCCCAGCGCAUUCCGGAGGCCCUGAUUAUUGCCUCCACGGCUGGCAUCGAGACAUUGACCCGCACGCAAACCCGCUACCUGCUGCAGCAGAAGAGCGACCUGUCGCACGUCAUUUCCGCCUUGGUAUCCCGUGACUGGCUGGACUUUGUCAGCCGCUGCACCGUGGACUCGUGGAAGGAGGCUCUGGUGGCCGCCCUGAAGCACAGCGAGCGCAAGGUGGUCGACAUCUGCGAGCGGUUGGGCGAUAGAUUGUUGAGUGAGUGCGCCUCAAGCGCGGAGUUCACACGGAACGCCAUGCUCUGCUACAUUUGCGCCGGCAGUAUCGACAAGCUGGUGACCGCAUGGUACCAGUUGAAGCGACUGGAGCAGCAAAAUCCCGGUUACAAGCCGAACACCACAGAGCUGCAGGAUUUGGCCGAGGUGGUGAUGCUGAUGUGCAAGUCCCUGGAACAGCAGGGCAUAUCCGUGGACCUAGCGGGACGGUUUGCCGGAUUUCUGACUGAGUACGGUGGUCUUCUGGCCUCCCAGGGAGCGCUCACUGCAGCGCUGCAGUACAUUACCACGCUGGGGGGCGGAGCCGCCAACGAGAACGCAAUUCUGCAAAGCCUGCGGGAUCGGAUCAACAACGCUGUGAACCUGGACUACUCCCAGCCACAGGCACCGGUUGCUGCAGCUCCACUUGGCUACCAACAGCAGCGAGGUAGGGGAUCGUUCUCGCAGCCGCAGCCAUCGGUUCCCCAGCCAUACGGCCAGCCAACAAAUCAGUAUGUCCAGCCCAGCUGGCCUGCACCAGUUCCUCCACUACAGACCACCUAUCCAGGAGCCCAACAGCCGCAACCGCCUCCGCAGAUAUUCAAUCCACAGCCCAUCAAGCCAGAGCCUUUGGCACACCCACCCCGACCCCUAAGCAAUGCCAGCUCCUCGGGUGGUCCUCCCCCGACAGGAGGAGCAUCAGGCUCUGGUGGAUCAGGACUUUCUGGGCGGUCCAAAUACGUUCUUGAUCCCUCUGUGGCGGCUCCAACCAGUUCUUAUGGCAUGCCGUACAAUCCCGUACCCGCCCCCGUACCCUCGGCAGUUCCCUUCAGUGGAGGAGUGCCUGGACCGGCACCCCAGCCGGCGAACGUGCCAACUUUUAAUAGCAAUGCUUUCAACACGAACCCCAUUGCGUCUGCCCAACCAUACAACCCAUCGCCAUUCAUGGCAGCUCCACAGAACCAAUUUUUGCCCGGCGUCAAUCCCAUCGAGACAAUGCCGCCACAAGCUGUGCCACCGGUCAUCCAGAAUGUACAACGCAAUCCGACACCACCGCCAGGCUGGAACGAUCCCCCUGCUUUGAAAUCAUCGCGGGCGCCCAAGCCGAAACCAGUUGUUGAAUCUAGUGCUGCCAUCUUCCAUCCAUUGUUCCCAGUCGAUCCCAAUCAAAACCAAAAUGGCUACGUGGACCCCGCUCAAUAUCAGAAUGCACCACCCCCUGGAGGAGCACAUAAUGCAUACUACAACCCGACUGCUUUUAACAACAAUCCCCAGCAGCAGCAUCAGCAAUCCUACCUUCAGCCGCAGCAACAGCUUCAGCAAUCGGGAAUUCCGAAUCAGGGAGGACCUCAGCAUCAGAACUGGCAAGGGCAGCAGCAGACGAUUGGCUAUACAGAGCAGCCAGCUCCGAUCCAGCAGCAGCGUCAGCCAGAGCCUCCAAAGGAGAAGCCACCACUUCCCGAGGAGUACAUCUACUUGCAAACGGUGCUGGAGGAGCUUAAGAACCGCUGCCUGAGUGCAACAAAUGACCCACGCACAAAACGUAAGUUUGUUGAUGUGGUAAAGAGGCUCGAAAAUCUUUACGACUGCCUAAGAGAAGGCAAGCUUACUCCCACAACGGUGCAAUAUCUGAAUCAAAUAAUACAGUACAUUCAAAUAUCCGACUACGCCAAUGCACUGGAAAUCCACACACGCAUUGCCUUCGGCACGGACUUUGCGCAAUGUGCGGGUUUCAUGCAGGGACUGAAGGUUCUCUUGCAAUCCGCAUCCGAGCUGCAGUUAGUCCUUCGCUAGAGCCUCCUUUCUGGCCGCGCCGCGCCAAGCUCACUAAACGUAUAUAGUUAUUGUGUCUUUACUAUGAAUGUCUAUUGUGUUUUGUAAACAAAGUGUGGUUUCCUUUGUUAAUGUAGGCUGCCAGAGUGUCAACGUUAUUCCGUAUAUUGAAAUAUAU